AUGCCUCAGGAUAUGCCGCCCGUGGGGGGCUACCAGGCUGUGCAGUACAAGCGCAACUUGCCCGCCCGUGGAUUCCGCCCCGGCACAAUGUUGAUCGGUAUGGGACUGGUGAUGGGAUACGGAUGGUAUCAGUUGACCAAGGGUAUCCGGGAAGCCAACGAGCUGGCGAGAGAGAAGAUGUGGGCGCGCAUUCACCUUAUCCCCCUCCUCCAAGCCGAGGAGGACCGCGACCAGGUUCGUAGGUGGUACGCCGACCAGGCGAGAGAGAAGGAGCUGUUGGGCGAGAACACCAAGGUCUACCACAACGAGAGAUUCGUUCGUCCUACCUUUGCCCUUGCGCCGCAAAGCAAGAACUAG